AGCUGUUUAUCUCUGAUGGACAUUUUUUUAAAUAUAUAUAUUCUUGGUGAAAUUCUUAUAUUUAAACGGAGAGAAGUCAGAUGAAAUUUCAUUGUACUUGUACAACAACAAUAAAGCUGAUUCUGAUUCUGAACUUGGUAAUAACCACUUGAUUGGAGCGCUAUAUAACUAGCGUUGGGAUGUGGACACUAGCCUGCAAGGAGCGCUAAAGGCUGGUGGUGCUAGCUAGCCACAACUGGCAUUCCAAAUAUGACAUUGUUUGCAGACUCUGUGAUACCGAAUGUGGGUUUCUUAAAUCAAUUUUGACAUUUUUUUGGGUGCUUUGCUUUGCUGUUACCUGUGGACCUCGGUUAGACAUAACUUAAAUCUGUGGUGGAUACAGUUGGGAAAUGUUUGUUUGUGCUAUUGUCUGUGACAUUAGAUAUUAUUAUGUCCCAGCUUUAAAAUCAAUAUAUCUUACUUUAGCAAAGCACAACAUGAAAAGCAUAGUUUAAGUUGGUAGACUAUGAUUUUGAGGAGGAUGUCUUAUAAAGACUCACAAAAGUGCCCGUCCACAUAAUCUGUGGAGCAAGGUUCAGAAGAAGGCAGCAUUCCUACUGAACACCUUUGUGCACACCUGAAGCUCGGACUGCAGCAUGCAACAACAGGGCCGGCAGAGGCUGAGGCUGAGGCCGUGGCUGGAGGAGCAAAUACAGUCUGGGCGGUAUCCAGGAGUCUGCUGGCUGGACCAGUCGGCACGAAUCUUUCAGAUCCCGUGGAAACAUGCUGCUCGCCAUGGCUGGAGUAUUGACCGGGAUGCCACACUCUUCAGGAGCUGGGCCAUGCACACUGGACGGUAUCGCCCGAGCAAAGAUAAGCCAGAUCCAAAGACAUGGAAGGCCAAUUUCCGCUGUGCUUUGAAUUCUCUACCUGACAUCUGUGAGCUGCAGGAGCACAGCAGGAAGAGAGGCAGCAAUGCUUACAGAGUGUACAGGAUGCUGCCCGGCACACACACGCACAGACGCAGGAGAGGUCUGCAGUUGUUCAGCAGACCCCGAGAAAAACAAGUAUGUUUAGCUGAUGAUACACACAGCACACACACUUGGCAACCCUCAACAGCAAGACCUGUUCCAGACACACCACAGACGGUGGAGCCCCCUGCUGAAGACGUAUUAGCCAACAGCCAGUUACAUGGGAUGUGGGAAGCCAAACCAGAGGACCAGGAACAAAAUGAAGCUGUUUUUAAGUUGAUGGACCACUUAAGCAGCGUUGACCUCUGGAACCAGAGUGGGGAGCAGAAAGGAUGGAGAACACACUCACUGUGGGACCACUGGGCAGGUGCUGGGGAUGAUUACACAUAUUCUCUGCAUGCAGACAGCUACAGCGAUCUGUUUGGUCCAAACUACAUCAAGGAACUCUCUGACUGGUCCACACAUCAGCAAUCACUGAUGCUGUAGCUGUUCACAAACAGCUCACCUCUGACUAAAGCUGUUUUUCCUUCUUGCUAACCUUCAGCUGUUUUCCACCCUGCUGUCUGUCUCACUCAGCUGAUUGUUGUAGAGGAGAAACAGGAGACAGAUGAGAGGACAAAGAUUAUUGCUCCGUCAGUUGUCCUUUCUGCUGAGCUUGCUGAGAUGAAGAUCCUAUUCCAAGCCAAGCUUUACCUCUGUCAUCAUCACUUGGGUUCAUUACGGUUCAGCCUAAAACUCCCUGAAAUGACACCAAGCUCACACCACAGAGUAAACAGAUCUCAUUUCACUUCAACUGCUUUAAAAAAAAAUUGUAUUAAGCUGUUUUUACUGUCACACCAAUCUGUCAGAAUAAGAAACUUAUGAACUUUAUAUAUUUUCUUUAGUUUUAUAAGCAACAAUUGGUUACAUUUUUGGAUUAUUAUUGUACAAGUAAAAC